UCUCUUCUUCUCCAUUCACCGACGUGUCAGUCUUCUUCUACCCGGAGCUGAGAAGCAGGCAGGCCGUUCAGUGAGCACUCAUGGCUCCCAAAAGCAGCAACAAGCAGCAGUCAGAAGAAGAUCUUCUCCUUCAGGACUUCAGCAGAAACUUGUCGGCAAAGUCCACAGCUCUGUUUUACGGAAAUGCACUCAUCGUUUCUGCCAUCCCCAUCUGGCUGUUUUGGAGGAUCUGGCAUAUGGACCUGGUCCAGUCUGCAGUUCUGUAUGCUGUGAUGACUCUGGUCAGCACCUACCUGGUUGCUUUUGCCUACAAGAACGUCAAGUUUGUGCUCAAACACAAGGUCGCACAGAAACGUGAGGAUGCUGUUUCAAAGGAGGUAACCAGGAAGUUGUCUGAGGCUGACAACCGCAAGAUGUCCCGCAAGGAGAAAGAUGAGAGAAUUCUGUGGAAGAAGAACGAGGUCGCUGACUACGAGGCCACCACCUUCUCCAUCUUCUACAACAACACACUCUUCCUGGUUCUCGUCAUCAUCGCCUCUUUCUUCCUGCUCAAGAACUUCAACCCCACCGUCAACUACAUUCUGUCCAUCAGUGCCUCUUCAGGACUCAUUGCUUUGCUCUCCACCGGCUCAAAGUAAAGAAAGAAAGGGGGGGAUUGGGUUGGAGGGUAGGAAAUGGGCUAAAGAAGUGUACACUCAUGUUAGGAACAGGGUUUACAAGGGGAAUAUGACUUUUCAUCUUCAUGAAAUUCGUGAUCAAAUUAUCUCCAGAGGUGUUUCUACAGAUCUGUCUUCUGUUGUUUUUGUAACAAAUAAAGCAAGUCUGUUUACUUGUCA